GACAAACAAAACUCGGCUAUAAAAAUAACCUAAAUAUUCCGGUGACACGAAAACCAUGUCAGACGAAGAGAUUUUUUAUGAUUCCCUUGAAGAAGACGCUUUUGUGAACGAAGAAUCUUGUGAAUCUUCGUUCGUUCCUCCCGUUACAGAUUUAAAUUCAGCUGUGCCUCUAUACACUGGCGAAAUCUCCAUAAAUCUACUCAAUCCAUCGAAAACAAAGAGAGUCGAAAAACCCCCAAAAAGGGUGAUACAACCGGACAAAACCAAGAAAACUUACUUGACGAUGUACUACGAGAAGAAAUCUCGAUUAGAAAGCAAGAGUGACACCGGAAGUAACACAAGCAGAGCCGUGUGUGAGACUCUAUCGCCUAAACGAGAUCUAGAUCUAGAAGCAGACUUGAAAGAGGCGGAGUCGAGGUGCAUUGAAUCGGAGUCAGAACAAGACGAAUUCUAUGAAAACUUUAUGAACUUAGAGUUAGCAAAUAAGCAAGCUUCAUCCUCGACUUCUGUACUAAACAACAAGAAAACUCAAUCGCUGUCGACGCAGUCUUUGCUCCCGAAAACUACUUCAGAACGGUCGUUUUAUUUCAAUUCGACGAAAAACGACGCAAUCGAAAAAUUGGAGUUGCUGAAAAAGCGGCAAACUUAUGGCAUGAAGAUGAGUCUGAAGAACAGAAUUGAGAUAGAAGAACUGAAAAAGUUGAAGAAGAUUAAACAUUCUAAAGUAGUUUAAUUGUGACACAGAAUUAUAAUAAACAA